UGUGUUUCUUGUCAGUCACAAAGAGUUUUGGAAGAAGAAGAAGAAAAUGUGGUUUGCAGCUGCGCUGCUAUAUCAACUCUGAAUGUUUAUCCUCAUAUGCCUAGAUCAAGUGCUCAACUUACUGUUAUGCAACAAAACAAAUGUUCAGAUCAUUCAUUGCUAAUGCUGCUCUACUCUUUGGCUAUAAAUCCUUUGGGGAUGCACUGAAUUUUUAUCACACAGAACAGUAUAAUAUACCCCAAAAUCCUACAUUGAACACUUCAUUGGAAGCAACCAUUUCUUUCUUUCUAAUCAAAGGUAGUACAUGCUUUUAUCCCAUUUCAUGAAUACAUUUGCCCAUACAUGAUCUUGUGUGUUUACUUUGAUGAUUUCCUUACCCCAAAAUUAGAGCUCAGCACCCUCAUGCAAACAUCUAAAUCCAAAAGGAAUAAUAUGAGAACCCAUUCUAUUCGUUCCUACGACACCCUUCCUCUCCAAGCCUUAAAUUUCUCCAUCAACACAGCACGUACGUAGCUAUAGAACCAGUAUAAAUUCUUCCUCGCUGCCAAUGGACUCGAUCUGAAAUAACACUACGCAGCAGAGGCUCAGCAGGGCAGCACCUCGAUCGAUCGGAGUUUUGGAAGAAGAAGAAGAAGAAGCCGGCGGAAGCCAUGAGGUACGGCGAGGUGGCGCACUUCAGCCACCCGCAGCACCGGCUGCGGCUGGAGCACCUGGACACGCCGUUCCGCUGCGACGGGUGCCGCGAGGUCGGCAUCGGGGCCCGCUUCCGCUGCGCCGCCGACGACGUCGACCUCCACCGCCAGUGCGCGCUCCCGCUCCACCCGCCGCCGCCGCCGCUCCGCCACCCGUUCUACCCGAGGUGCGCCUUCCACUUCAUGGCGCGCGCGCCGGGAGCCCCGGGGUCCCGCUACUGCAACGCGUGCGGCCGCGACGUGGCCGGCUUCGUCUACCACUGCCGCGACUGCGGCUUCGACCUCCACCCUUGCUGCGCCACGCUGCCCCACGUGCUCGACGCCGGCGGCGGAGGGGUGAGGCUGUACCUGCACCCGAAGGCGGCGGCGGCGUGCCACCGGUGCGGGCAGCGGGGCCGGAGCUGGACGUACCGGAGCGGGUGCCGGAGCUACAGCCUCCACGUGGCCUGCGUCAUGGACAUGCUCGUCGAGAGCUGGGGCGCCGUCGGGAGGCACAAGCAGCAUGGCGGCGGCGGCAGCAGCGCGCUGUACUUGUACGGGGUUCCGCCGAUUCGGGGCGCCGCGAAGAGCAGCCACGCGGGGGGGUCGCCGGCGCCGUCUUCGUCUUCUUCGUCGUCGUCGUAUUGGGGGAUGGGGAGGAGGAAGAAGAAGAAGGGGAGUAAAGUGAAGCGGUGCUGCGAGAUUGCGGGGUUCGCGGCGCAGGUGGUCAUCUCGGCGGUGCUCGGCGACCCCACCGCGCUCAUCGCCGGCGUCAUCGGCUCCCUCAUCGCGAUCUGACAGCCACCGCUGACUGCUCUGUAAAUUAGUAUCCCCUAGUGCAUAACAACUGCAUGUAAUUAAGCUCCAGAUGAUCAUGCUGCCACAAUGGUCGGAGCAGUAAUUUAUUCAUCAUGAAUCACUGUCUACCAACACGUGUGGUUAAUUUCAUCAUUCCUGGCUUCCUGCCAAUCAAACCA